GCGCCUCGGCGGCGCGCUGCACCACGGACCCGCUGUGGAAGUGCCGCGUCAAGUACACGGUGCGGCCCGUGGGCAUGAAGAAGACGGGCGGCCGCGACCACACGGGCCGCAUCCGCGUGCGCGGCAUCGGCGGCGGCCACAAGCGGCGCUACCGCAUGGUCGACUUCCAGCGGCUGCGCUACGAGGAGGGCAGCCCGGCGGCGCCCUUCGAGGAGAAGGUCAUCGAUGUCCGCUACGACCCGUGCAGGUCCGCUGACAUUGCCUUGGUGGCCGGCGGCAACCGGAAGCGCUGGAUAGUCGCCACGGAGAACAUGCAGCCAGGCGACAUCCUCAAGAACUCGCCUCACAUUGGCCGCAUGGCAGUGUUGGCCAACGAAGGGGACGCCUAUCCGCUGGGCGCUCUGCCUGUGGGCACGCUGAUCUGCAACCUGGAGAGCCACCCUGGCAAGGGGGCCCAGUACAUCCGAGCGGCCGGGACUUGUGGGGUGCUGCUCAGGAAGGUCAAUGGGACGGCCAUCGUGCAGCUGCCCUCCAAGAGACACAUGCAGGUGCUGGAGACCUGUGUGGCCACCGUGGGCCGCGUGUCCAACGUGAACCACAACAAGCGGGUGAUUGGGAAGGCAGGCCGCAACCGCUGGCUGGGCAAGCGCCCGCACACGGGCUUGUGGCAUCGUAAGGGCGGAUGGGCUGGACGCAAGAUCAAGCCUCUCCCACCCAUGAAGAGCUAUGUCAGCUUGCCCCGAAUUGCAGCCUAGGAGUGACAUGGAAGACAAUAAAGAAUUCUUU